AUGGCACCUGCUAAUGAAAAUUAUGACAAUUUCUUCGAACGUUAUGAUUUUUAUGACUAUAGACCUCCUUCAUCUGAGAACAUUAACCAACCAGGUGGGGAGAUUCCCAUUACAGUUUAUAAUGAAGAUAUCAUUACUUUACCUUGUGAAAGUAGACUUGUGUUUACUGGUCAAAUCAGUGUAAAUACAGUAGCCACCGAUGGUACUGCUACAGCUGUCACCAACAUCGAUACAAGUAAAAUUGAUUUUGAUCUGAAUGGUAUUUUACAUCGAUUUGAAUUCAUUGAAUACAAAGUUGGCGAACAUAAAGUUGAUGAUAUUCGUAAACCAGGUAUUUCAACAACUAUGAAAGGUCUUGCUUCAUUCAGACCAAAUAUGGCUCAAAGUCUUUCUGGUUGGAAUAUUUAUCAAGGAGCAAAAAGUCUGAUCAAUAGUUCGGGGUACUUUACAAUUAUUAAACCUCUUUCUGAAUUGAUGGGUUGUUUUGAAGAUUAUCGUAAAUGUCUUGUUCGUGUACCUCAAACAUUGAUUUUUCAUAUCAGUACAUCGUCUGACAAUAAUUGUUUUUACUCAAAGGAGGGUACAAAAUACCAAGUUUCUUUCAAAUUCACAGACAUUAUUUGGCGUAUGCGCCACAUAAAACUGAGAAUUGAUAAAGAAGCCAAACUUCGCAAAGAAGUGUUGACCAGUACAAAUUAUACAAUGCAUUUCCGUCACUGGUUGUAUCAAAGCACAACUAUACCUGUUGGGACUACAGAAUACACGUGGGAUGUUCCCGUUUCUCAUUCUAAAGUUAAGUAUGCUAUAAUAGCUUUCCAAAAAGAUGUAGUGGGGAAACUUGACAAACAAAUGGGCAGAUUUGACUUACUCAAUGUUGAAAAUGUGCAGUUGGAAAUCAACAAUUACUUGCUGUAUCCAAAGGAUCGUUUGAACCUUAAGUAUGCAGAAAAUAAAUGUGGUAAUAUUUUUGAAAUGUUCAAAGCAUUCCCCAAAUCCUACUACAAUCGACCAGAAGAAGAUCCAGUCUGUGAUUACAUCACAUUCCUAACAGAUUUUCCAAUGAUCAUUAUUGACUGUUCUCAUCAACCUGAAGUGAUCAAAGAUUCGUUGAUAAAUACAAAAAUUCAUUUCAAUUUUCGAAGUGAUGGUUUUCCUGACAAAGGAAUGGUACACCUACUCAUGAUUAUGGAUUGUAAAGCAGUUUACAAUCCUCUAAACAACCAAGUUAUCACAUAG